AUGGACCGAUACACUAGCUUUAUGGACUCAGCGUCGCUGCGCUCCGAGCCGUCGACUGUUGCGCUUGACACCUACCCGGCCUCACCACCCCCGGAGGCGCUCAUCGCUGGCUUUCCGCAUCCCCCGAGUCGAGCCCGCAACCAUGAAGACCAGCCUCCGAACCUGACACCCAAGCCGUCCCUCAAGACCCUCCGUCGCAAUUACAUGAUCCACGAGCUGCCUCUCCUCCAUGAACCCAAUCCUUACUACAAUAAUGACAUCGACCAGCAACAGUUCCAUCCUAUCGAAGAACCAGGUCUUUCGUAUGACCUGAUUGCUCCUGCGCCGGCCGACGAUGCCGCUCCUCUGCACAGCCUUGAGCGUCUCGCCGACCUGAUGUUCUCCUCUGAGCACAUGCUCUCCAUUCUCAGUAAUCCAAGCUAUUUGGCGCGGUUCCGCGAGUUCCUGCUCGAGGAACGUCCGCGCUCGCUCUCACUCCUGACAUACUACCUCACAGCCCGCAAGGCCCUCCUCGCCAUCGACUACGCUAAUGCUCUCGUGCGAUCUGUCAUCGAUGCCCCUCCAGCCACAAUCGCCACACCCGACCCCGUAGUUGGCCAAGUCGCCCACCCAGUGCUGCAUCGGCGUGUCACUGAGGCCCUGGAGGCUCUCACCGCCGAAGAGCUUCCUGCGUUCAUCACGGCCCGUUGUAUCAGCCUAACCAGCCGCGUGGUUGAGGAGCGUGUGCGCGGGACUCUCCCGCCGAAGUUUCAGGGCGCGUCCGACGCGUUGGCAGAGGUGUUUUGUUUGACGGAUCCGUCGAGACGGGAUAAUCCCAUUAUUUUCGCGUCAGAGGAAUUCCAUCGCACGACCCAAUACGGCAUGGAUUACGUGCUGGGACGCAACUGUCGGUUCCUGCAGGGACCAAAAACCAACCCCAACAGCGUGAGACGCAUCCGUGAAGGAAUUGAGGCCGGGAGACACCAUUCAGAGCUGUUCCUGAACUACCGCCGCGAUGGCUCCCCUUUCAUGAACCUCCUCCAGUGCGCCCCCCUCUGCGACAGCCGAGGCACAGUACGGUACUUCAUCGGCGCCCAGAUCGACGUCUCCGGCCUAGCAAUGGACGGUGCGCAAAUGGAAUCGCUGCGCGCCUUGCAGGCGAAGCAGCGUCGAGCGGAGGCCAGGGCAGCGGAGGACGCACGCGACGAGGACUCGAUGGAGAUCAUCCAGCCCGACGAAGGGCGUCCCAAAGACGAAUUCCGGCAGUUGAUCGAGUUGUUUAGUCCGCGGGAGUUAAACGUCACGCACGAGGUCGGCGGGACGCUCUUCCACCCUAGCGCGGUGUCGAGCGCGGCGGGCAUGCUGGACCGCGGGAGCUGGCAGGCAAUGAGUCGGACGUGGUCGAUGGUCGAGGACGAGGCGAUUCGAGACCGCGAGGUGAAAGAGUCGAUGUGGCGAGGCUCGUUGACUGGGGUCUAUGAAAAUUACCUCCUGGUGCGUCCAUACCCAUCGCUGCGCAUCCUCUUCACCUCCCCCGCCCUCCAAAUCCCAGGCAUGCUGCAAUCCUCUUUCCUGUCGCGGAUCGGGAGUUCGUCGACCGUGCGCGAGGAAUUGCUCGAGGCCCUGAAGGGUGGGCGGAGUGUCACCGCCCGCAUCAAAUGGGUCACUAGGUACAAUACUCAGGGCCGCGAUCGGUGGGUACAUUGCACGCCUUUGUUGGCGAGUAAUGGAGAGGUAGGAGUCUGGAUGGUAGUGGUGGUAGAUGAUGAAUGA